GUGAUUCUUAAGACCACCCGGAAGGGUUGUCGCGGCAACGCAGCGCGGGCGCGUUCCGCCUCUCCAGCGCAGCUGCAGGAACUGCAUUACAAUGCCUGCACAAAAAGCAGACACGUCGCUUGCAGAGGAAACGCUACAGGUCCAUGCAACCUCGAGUGUGCUGAUCAUGUGCAGGGACUCUCACAACUAGAGGGACAGUACUACUUUUUAGCCACCUCCACAUCAGCGGGAUCUGCUUCUCCCUACCCGCGCCCGUAGUACACGGUUUCACUCAAAGGAGAGUCCGACGUUCGCCCAACCGACUAAGGUGGCUUCGCCGGGUAGUUCACGUGCGACUGAACUCAACAAGAAGUACUUGCGGAGCUGGAGCCGGGCGACCAGCAAGGAGUGCAUCAAUUGCAAAUAAAAUCAGCGAGAAAUAAUUUC